AUGUAUGCUAACGUGAUCGCAAAGUCCGAUGAGUCAAAGAUAUGUGUGGUCAUGGUUGGUCUGCCGGCCCAGGCAAGAGCCUCAUCGCCGGCAAAGAGAGGAAUGAAGACUAACGAGAUUGUAGCUAUGAGAUACUUGGCAUGGGUCGGAAUUCCCGCGCGCGUGUUCAAUGUCGGCAGCUAUCGUCGCCACGCCACGCCUCAGCCGGCAGCCACCUUCUUUGACCCUCACAAUGAGGAAGGUGAGCGCAUGCGUCGCGCUGCCGUAGAGGCGGCCAUGUCCGACAUGCUCAAUUGGUUCAAGAAGGGCAAGGGUGUAGUAGCCAUCUUAGAUGCUACGAACUCAACCAAGGAGCGCCGAAAGUGGAUUUACGAAAGUUGUCGGGAUGCCGAUAUUGAGACUCUAUUUGUUGAGUCUCUUUGUGAUGACGAAGAUCUGAUCAUGACCAACAUUCUCGAAGUCAAGACCACGUCACCUGAUUAUAAGGGACAAGAUCCUGAGCUGGCUGCUGUCGACUUCCGCAACCGCAUUCGCAAUUACGAGAAAGUAUACGAGACUAUCGACGACAAUGAGAAGAAAUACACAUAUGUCAAACUCAUCAAUGUUGGCUCCACCGUGAUUAUCAACCAGAUCAAGGAUUACCUGUCUAGUCGGCUCGUCUACUACAUCCAGAACCUGCACAUCAAGCCACGGUCCAUUUGGCUGUCAAGACAUGGUGAAUCAGAGUUCAACUUGACUGGCAAAAUUGGCGGGGACUCUAAUAUAUCCGAACGUGGCGAGCUAUACGCCCAGGCCCUACCCCGACUCAUGCGCGAAUCUGGAAUUCCUGCCAACACCAAGAUUGUCAUCUGGACAUCGACUCUCCGUCGCACAAUCCAAACCGCCCGCCACCUAAAGGCUGAGACGGGCUUCGAAAAGCUGGAAUGGAAGGCACUGGACGAGCUGGACUCGGGCGUUUGCGACGGCCUGACCUACGAGGAAAUCGCUGAAAAGUACCCGGAAGACUUUGCAGCACGCGACGAGGACAAGUACAACUAUCGCUACCGCGGCGGCGAGUCCUAUCGCGAUGUAGUCAUCCGUCUUGAGCCCAUUAUUAUGGAGCUAGAGCGCAGCGAGAACGUCAUUAUUGUCACUCACCAGGCUGUUCUCCGUUGCAUCUAUUCGUACUUCUUGAAUGUGCCCCAGGAGAAAAGUCCCUGGAUGGAAGUCCCUCUUCACACACUUAUCAAACUGACUCCCCGCGCCUAUGGUACCGAGGAGCAGCGCUUCAAGGCCGACAUUCCUGCUGUCUCUACCUGGCGUGGCAAGGGCUCGCAGGCCAAGCAUCAGGAGUUCCCCACGGAAAGCAAGGAGGCCCAGCACUAA